AUGUAUACCAGCUGCAAAAGGCUUGAAGAAUCUGUUUCCUUUUUAUGGUUCUCUAUAAUUUGGCCAAAUCAUGACAUCUCUUGUGGUUGGUGCGAUUCUUCUCUUGUUGUCGUUGACCGGAAUUGUCUCAGCCGGUAGAGAUGUAACCGGAGACAUACUCCGGUUACCUUCAGAAGCUAAUAAGUUCUUCCAUGGGGGCGACGAUGAUGAAGUUGAAGGCACGAGAUGGGCGGUCUUGAUUGCCGGAUCUAAUGGAUAUUGGAAUUACAGGCAUCAGGCUGAUGUUUGUCAUGCUUAUCAACUGUUGAGAAAUGGUGGCCUAAAAGAGGAAAAUAUCAUUGUUUUUAUGUAUGAUGAUAUUGCCUACAAUGAAGAAAACCCUAGACCUGGAAUCAUCAUUAACAAUCCCCAUGGUGAUGAUGUUUAUAAGGGUGUUCCAAAGGAUUACACUGGAGAAAAUGUUACUGUUAACAACUUUUUUGCUGCUAUCCUUGGAAACAAAUCUGCUCUUACAGGGGGUAGCGGCAAAGUUGUUAAUAGUGGCCCCAAUGAUCAUAUCUUCAUAUAUUACUCUGACCAUGGAGGUCCUGGUGUACUUGGCAUGCCUACCUUACCUUAUCUUUAUGCUGAUGAUUUGAUUGAUGUUUUAAAGAAAAAACAUGCUUCCGGAACCUAUAAAAGCUUGGUGUUCUAUCUUGAAGCUUGUGAAUCUGGAAGUAUCUUUGAGGGUCUUCUUCCCGAGGGUUUGAACAUCUAUGCAACGACUGCGGCAAAUGCAGUCGAGAGUAGCUGGGGAACCUAUUGUCCUGGAGAGUAUCCAAGUCCUCCCCCAGAGUAUGAAACCUGCUUGGGAGACUUGUACAGUGUUGCUUGGAUGGAGGACAGCGACAUACAUAAUCUGCGGAAGGAGACUUUGCACCAGCAAUAUGAAUUUGUAAAAAGGAGGACUAUCAAUGGCAAUUCUGCAUAUGGUUCUCAUGUUAUGCAAUUUGGUGAUAUAGGAAUUAGCAUGGACAAUCUCUUCACAUAUUUGGGUACCAAUCCUGCUAACGAUAACUUCAAAUUCAUCGAUGAGAACUCCUUGUUGCCACCCACCAAAGCUGUUAAUCAGCGCGAUGCUGAUCUUGUCCAUUUCUGGGAUAAGUAUCGCAAGGCACCUGAUGGCUCGGUUAGGAAGGUUGAAGCUCAAAAGCAGGUUAUGGAAGCCAUGUCCCACAGAAUGCAUGUAGACAACAGUAUACAACUCAUUGGAAAGCUGUUAUUCGGAGUCGAAAGAGGCCCUGAAGUUUUAAACACUGUUCGACCAACUGGUCAACCUCUUGUUGAUGACUGGAAAUGCCUUAAGAAAAUGGUAAGAACCUUUGAGACGCACUGCGGAUCACUGGCACAGUACGGGAUGAAACACAUGCGUUCCCUUGCGAACAUCUGCAAUGCUGGAAUUGAGACAGAAAAGAUGGGUGAGGCAUCAGCACAAGCUUGUGUCAACAUUCCUUCAGGACAUUGGGGUUCUGUUGAGAAAGGGUUCAGUGCAUAAAAUGUAGCAGAAUUGUCAACUGUUGGAAGACCUUAACUUUGAUGAUGUUGUAUUUCAUAAUGUGUUUUCCUAAGAGAUAUGUAUAUAUAUAAACUCUCUGCAUUUUUAUGAUUAUUCAUGUGAUUGCUUCUGCCCAAAAUUGUUGGGUAGCCACACUGAACCAGACAUGCUUCAUUUAAAUUAAUGUGCUUCAGUUAUGAUUCAAAUGAAAUAUUGCAAAGCCUAAAA